AUGUUCAUUGGUGGGUAGUUCUUACUUUUAAUCGUGACAAAUUUCUAAAUUCACUCCAAAAAAAUUGGAUCUGAAUCUCAAAUUAUACACAUUUUUUUAAUUCAAAGUUUUUUUAAAGCUUUUUUUAUGACGUGAAAUUGUUCUGAAUGACCAGAAAUUGAAAAAUUAUUGAGUCAAAAUUUUUCAUAAAUAGACUUUUUAUCCGUAUUUUUGUUCAAUAUAACAACACAUUUCAGGAAGGCUACCCACUACCGUGCGGAGUUUGGCUCAAAAAAACGAAACCAAAGUCGUUUCAGGAACUUAUCAGGUUAAACAUUUUUGAAUCAAAAAAACCUUGAAAAAGAAGUUCCUCGAAGAAAAAAACCUAAAAAAAUUAUCAAAAAAAUCAGAAAAAAAUAAAAAAAUGACUUUUUAAAGAUUGAAAAAAAUAUGAAGUUUAAUCAAAGCCUACAGAAGCAAUCUACUCAAAAAUCAUCUCCGAUCUCUCAGAUUUUUGUUUUAGAAUCAAUGACAAGAAAAUAUUUGAGCACGACUUGCUACUUGAGAUCUUCGAAAAUUGGACUUUUCAGUUAAGAGAAAAAAAUAUGUAGGUUUCAGGUUUUGAAAAAGAUGAUAAAGAGCUUAACCAUGCAGUUAUGACGGGAGAAAUUCAAAAUUCCAAGCCUAAAUCGGAAUUAUCUCAUCUAGAACUCUGGAACACCCGUAGGCUAGAACCCACCUCGAUAAUUGCGAAGGAAAAAUAAAAUUCAAAAUGUACUGAAAUUGGUCGCAGUCUGGGGUUAGUAGGCCCGGGGUUGGAUCUAGCCCCAGUAUUGUCUCAAAUCUUGAUUUGCAGUUGAACAGCGGGGUCGUCGAGAUGUUCUGCUCGUUCUCCUCACUUCCAGAGCCAGUGACAGUUCAGUGGAUGUUCAGACCGAGUGAGGGUCUGCCACAGUGGCGCGAGUUCGCUUGUGCCAGCAAGGAGGAGAAGAAAAUUUGCAAGUUGGUUCUUUUUGAUUGUAAGAUUUCAAGGGAACACUUCUAAAUUCGAUAAAUAUUUCGAGGAAAAGAGUCUUUUUCAGUAUUACAAAACGCUUUACAAGACAAAACGCUGUAUAAACCUCCUAACCAGGAUUUUUUUCAAGUUGAAAAUGGGAAAAAUAAAGAGAAAAGAUCAAAUUUCAAGCCAAAAAGCUGAAAAAUUUACAGAUUUGUAGAGUAUAUCCCAAUAUCCCAAGCUAUUUUUCCGAAAAGUUUCCAAAAUUAUAAUAUUUUUCAAGAAGCGAAGAGAAACUCGUGGAAUCUCGGUGCACCCUCCGUACAAACCAACUACAAAUGAGCGGGAGUUAUCGUUGCUACGCCACGAUUCCGAAUCAAGUCGAGGCCAGGUACAAGGCCUACAGGUUAGUCGGACAAACCGUACCUUGUUUCAUUAGGGUGGCUGAUCGAAACAUACUCUGAUGCUCAUUGAAUCAAAAACGGGUUUUAAUAUCCAGACAGGUAAAUCUAGACAGUUUACUAGAUUUGAUGUUUUUCGGCUCUUUGAAUUCUUUUCGUCCUCAGAAAGGUACUCAACCUGGGGCUAACACGGACUCAUCUUCAGUUAAAAAAAAACUUAGAAAGAACCCAAUAAUUCUCUCGUCUCAUUUUCUGGAUUUGAUUCAUACAAAAAUUAUCGCCGCGAGCGGAAUUAUUGGUUGAAAAUUUAAAAGUCUUUUCCAUAUGAAAAAAAAAUUAAUUAUUCAUAUACUUCAAACGGUGCACGAGAACACGAUCUUCUCAGUUCAAAGAACCAUCUCAAAAAGCAUUUUCUUACAAGUUUUAAAUUACAAAAAACGACAUUUUUGAUUAUUUUUCUUGCAGUUCCGAGUUCAACGUGAACGUUGUCGGGAUCGAAGAGCCGAAGCUGAUCGAUUAUCAUUUGCCGUAUCACAGAGAGGGCCAUAUUGAACUGGAAGUAAGUUUGGCAAAAAAAAAAGCUUUUCUUUUCCUCACACUUCCAUCUUUGUCUGAUUGAACUUUAAAAAUGAAGAAAAACCAACUAUUCGAGUCAGCUAACUGUUUCCAACAUACAUACUUCGAUUCUCAAAUCACUUAGGUUUGCGCCAACCCACGCCCUGAGCUCUUCUGGGUCACAGAAGAAGGAAUUCUCAGGCCACAGGAACGAUCUCAUCGCUUCGCCACUACUUCUUUGUUACCAAGAAAGGUUUUUUUUCACGUAUCUACUUUUAAAUCUUUUUAUCUCAUUGAAAAAAUACCACUAAAAUUUCAUUCCUUGAAUUAAGCGCGUACUUCUCACGUUCAAUUAUGUAAAAGAUUAGGAAAAAUCACAGUCCACAAAGUCUUUUCAUGCGAUGCACUGAAAUGCCUCUGAUCUAGAGGUAUACUGAAAGGGUUUUUGGCCAGGAAGAGAGAAGCUUGCACUGAAUAGGUUAUACUCGAAUAUCUAACUCGCAGGUGAUUCCGAGAGCCGGCGGCCCGGCGACCUCCCUGCCCUACUGUUACGCGACGCGAAUGAUCGUCCAUCGGUCCCACGCCAACGACACCUUCCGGCUGGUCGUCCGCGGCGAGCUCGAGACCAAGAUGGAGCGAAUCAACGUUCGCGUCGUCAAUGUUCCCAAGGCGGGUUCUCGAAGCGAAUUGGAAUGA